AUGAUUUUCGCCAACGUUUUCAUCGCCAGUGUUCUUGCUGCCACCGCCACAGCCCUCCCCCACCGUGUCCGCGACUCUAGCUCCAGUUCCAGUGGCAAUGUCCAAUUCGUGAACAACAUGGGCUCAGACAUCUACCUGUGGACAACCUCCUCCGACCCCGGUAGCAUGAAGACUCUUUCUUCCGGCGGUGGCACCUACAGCGAAGAAUGGCAGACCAACUCCAAUGGCGGUGGCAUCUCUAUCAAGCUGUCCACGACCCAGGACGAGAACAGCGUGCUUCAGUUCGAGUACACCGUUGACUCUGACACGCUCUACUGGGAUCUGUCUUCUAUCAACUUGGAUUCGUCUUCGGAAUUCAUCAAGAGCGGCUUCUCUGUUAAGCCUAGUGAUUCUAGCUGCAAAACCGCUACUUGUGAGGCCGGUGACACCAACUGCGCCGAGUCUUACCAGCACCCUGAUGAUGUGAACACGCUCUCCUGCUCGGUUGAUGCGCAGUACAUCGUUACUCUGGGAUAA